AAACAUUACAAAACACACAAUGUCAUGUUGUUGCCAGGACAGAUAUCUGGCAUGCAUAUUACCAUACAAUGUGUAAUAGGAAUGUUAUCUUUUUCUUAGAAGGAGUUGGAGUGCAAACUGUACACACCCACCAUCAAUCACUUCAAGAACUGCUCCCAGUCGACCAUGAAAUGUUUGGUUGCCGAAACGAAAGUCCUGUUCUUGGAGUCGGAAGUGGCCGAUCUCUCCGACAUCAGCAAACACAAAGAAGAGAUAGUCGGAAAUAUAGAGGAUUUAUUUUAUGAAAUAAGUCCAGAUCCAGAUCCAGACUGUCUUAAGUGUGAAAGCCUCGUGGAGAAAAACGCUGAGAUGUUCGUGGAAGGGCUCAAAUGUAUUCUUGAGUCUAUGUGCAGUUCGAAUAUUUCUCCUGUCUGAGCAUUCCAUGGAAAGUAGAAACCUGAUUGGGACGCAGUAACAUUGAAGAGUCAACGCUCUGCAUAUCUAACACUUCAGAUGAAGACAGAACAAUUUUGCAGAUGGAAAAUGUGUCGUCAUCUGCAUGAUCACUUCUAAUCCAAAUCCAUAUUUGGAAGAAUGGACAGAAACCUAGUAUCAAUAAAAAAUGAAUUUACACAUCUUGGGGUCAACAUGGAUAUCUAUAUUAAUCACACAUUUUGUAUCUGUUCUAAAUGUACCUUAGAGCAGUGGUUCCCAAACGGUGUGCCGUGAGGCAAGUCCGGGUGUGCCGUGGGAUUUUGUGACAACCAUACGUUAUUAUUGCAAUAUACAACGACACAAAAAUAAUUCUUUUUUAAUUUACUAUAUCAGUACUUUGUAUGCACUCAUUUCAUAAUACAGAGGCAAACUCUAUACCUAAAAACGAUUAUUUAAAAAAUAAUCCUCACAGAACCCCGUAUUCCGCUGUUAACGCAGUUGCGCAGGUGGGAUUUAUAAGACUGUGACACAUCAAAGGCUGAAGGACAAUAUUAAAACUGAGAAACAAGCAAGCGGGAAAAUGGAGCGCUUUCUUGUGCGGAGCAAACCAGCAACCACCAGGGCAGAGACUGCCGACAACCCACCACCGAAAGAGAAGAGGAAAAAAACUGUCAGCAGACAGUACCAUGACAGUUAUCUGUCUUAUUGCUUCAUUUGGACCGGGGAUGUGAACAAUCCUCAGCCCGAGUGCGUCGUCUGUCGGGAGAAGUUAGCUAAUGCUAACAUGGUUCCAAGCAAGCUGAAGAGGCACUUGGAAACCAAACAUCCCGCCCAUGUUCACAGUAACUUGGACUACUUCAGAAGAGCGCGGGAUCUGAACCAGAGGCAGCAAGGACGUUUGUUGGAUUCUGUGAAAGUGUCUGAUAAGGCAAUGGAGGCGAGUUACAUGCUAGCGGAGCUCAUUGCAAAGCAGAAGAAGCCUCACACAAUAGCGGAGACACUCAUCCUCCCUGCUUGCAAAAUACUUACAGGUGUCAUGCUGGGUCCAGAUGCCGCAAAUGAGCUAUCGAAAGUGCCGUCGUCUGAUAAUACAAUCAAAAGAAGAAUCGACGACAUGUCAGAAGACAUUGAGCAACAUUUGGCAGAGAAACUGCAGGCGAGCGGCAGAUUUUCCCUACAAAUAGACGAAUCUACUGACAUAAGUGGGGCUGCCCAACUUCUGGCAAACGUCAGAUAUGUUGAUGCUGACUCAAAGAGGCCUUUUUCUUCGGCAAAGAAAUUGAAAGCCAUACUACGGGACAAGAAAUAUUCAGGGUAACUAAUAACUAUUUAAAAGAGAACAGUCUGACCUGGCGUCAGUCUUUGCACAGAUGGUGCGGCAAGAAUGACGGGGAGAGUGAAAGGAUUUAUUGCUAAAGGUGAGAACACAAAACCCACAUAUCGUGACAAACCACUGGAUUUUGCAUCGAGAGGCAUUAGUUGCCAAAACCAUGCCCCCGCCGGAGUCGACUGAGGUGCUGAAUCCGGCUGUGCAGAUGGUGAAUUACAUCAAAUCAAGGCCCCUGAAAACUCGCCUCUUCUCCCAGCUGUGCGCCGAGAUGGGAGCCGACCACCAAAGCCUGAUCCUGCACACAGAGGUACGUUGGCUGUCACGGGG